AUGUCGCGUCAGAACCCACGGGCUAGAAAUGGCAUAAAACUGCCAUUUGCCCUUGAAAAGGAGCUUGGGCUCGAAGGGAGCCGACCGAGUGCUGGAGGCGGCCGGCGGCACCAUGGUUCGGUGCAAAGCAGGAAAGAGCUGCGCAAAACCCAACGACAGGAGAGGAGACAGAAUAUCCGGGGCGCAGGAACACGGAGGAGACAUCCGAUUAUAGAGCAGGAGCUCUCUGACGGAGACGUUGAUGGGGAUGACUCCGACGACCCUAACCUCGCACCUAUCACCUUGAAGCAAGAAGCUGUCAAGCCGAAGGCCAGGGAUGCAGAGCCCAAGAAGCUGAAAUCGAUCCUCAAAAAGUCUAGGACCCCAUCCUCAUCCCCAUCUGAAACAUCUUCUCGGUCGAGCUCACGGUCUUCCUCUCCCGGUCUUGUCCUUGACGCCAAUUCCCAAGCAUUUAAAGAGCGAGCCGCACAGGAUGAUGCAGAGAUUGCGGCGCUGGAAAGAAAGCUCGGGUUGAAGAAAAGAAAAGUGCCAAAGUCUUUUGUGGACGACGGGUUGGAUGAAUUGCUGGAGGGGCUGGACAGAGAGGAUCUGGGUGUCAAGAGGAAGAGUGAAGGCGAGGGGUGGUUGGACAGUAAGAGAAGGAAACCUGACAUUGAGGAAGAUGGGUCCGAUGAGGACGAGUCUGGAUUUGACCGCGAGAGUGACGACGAUGACGAAUUUGAUGAAGUGCUACGAGAGAGUGACGAUCUGCUGCAUGAGGACCUGGAAGAGGGAUCCGACGAGGAGCAGUCUGAUGUGGAUCUGGAGCCAGAAAGUGACGAUUCUUUCGAAGGCUUCGAAUCAGAGCAAGAACUCUCCAAGGUCCCGUCAAAAAGGGUCCGAGAAAAUCCUUACAUGCCUCCAGUCUCCCAAACGCCCGCAGGGAAAUACAUUCCGCCAUCAUUGAGAAAAGCACAAAAUUCCGAGAGUGCCUCGUUGGAAAGAUUGAAAAGGCAGGUUCAGGGCCUCCUCAAUAAGCUAUCCGAGGCCAAUCUCGUGUCGAUACUGGGAGAGCUCGAGAAGCUCUACCAAUCCAACCCGAGGCAGGACGUCACGUCCGUCCUGAUCGAUUUCGUUUUGAACUUGUUCUGCAACAAGUCAGCUCUCCAGAACACCUUCGUCAUCCUACACGCCGCAUAUGCGACUGCAGUGUACAAAGUUAUUGGCGUGGAUUUUGGCGCGGAACUGCUUUCACAGUUGGUCGAUCGACUUGAUCAGUACCGCAGCGAUGCGGCUGGUGGUAAAGAGGCACUAAACUUGAUAAGCCUUCUCUCCAAUCUGUUCACAUUCCACCUAAUCAGCAGCACUAUAGUCUUUGACUACAUCCGACUAUUGCUCGAGCGACUAAGCGAGGACAACACGGAAUUGCUGCUGCGGCUAGUCCGGGACUGCGGCCACCAAUUGAGGCAAGAUGAUCCGUCCUCUCUCAAAGCUAUUGUCCAAACAAUGCAGAAGGAAGCGGCGCGGAUGAAUUCGGCAGGAGAACAGAUGAGCGUCAGGACGAAGUUCAUGAUCGAGACAAUUACGGACUUGAAGAACAAUAAGAUGAAGGCUGCGACGAACAACGCAGGCUUAGCAAGUGAACACAUUACGCUAAUGCGGAAAGUACUGGGUUCUUUGAACAACAACCGCACCGUCAGGGCCUCUGAGCCGUUGCGAAUCACAAGGGAGGAUAUUAAGAAUAGCGACAGGAAGGGGAAAUGGUGGCUAGUUGGAGCUAGCUGGAAAGGUCAUGAUCCUGCGACAGCGCCAGCCGAAGGAGCCAUCGAUACCUCGAUACCGACGACCAGUCUGGGACUUGAUGACGAUGAUUCAGUGGACCUACUCGCGCUUUCCCGCCACUACGGAAUGAACACAGACAUCCGCCGCGCCAUCUUUGUCGCCCUUCUAUCCGCCGCAGACUAUCAAGACGCUCACCUGCGCCUUCUGAAGCUCCGUCUUAAACGUACCCAAGAACAAGAGAUCCCCAAAGUCCUGCUUCGCUGCAGUGCAGGUGAGAAUCCUUACAACCACUAUUACACCCUCGUGGCAAGGAAACUGUGUCUGGAAAAGAAGAUGCGCAAAUCCUUUCAGUUUGCGUUGUGGGAUUUCUUUCGAAGAAUGGGCGAACAUCCCCCUCGGGCAGACGACGCUGAGGAAGAUUUCGCCAGCGAAGAAGAUGAUGAAGUAGAAAUGACCGAGAUAGCCAACCUGGCGAGGCUAUAUGCCUUUUUGAUCCUGGAUGGAGCCGAAACUCUUGGUGUCUUGAAAGUCCUGGAACUCGCCUACGUUAAGGAACGAACGGCCAUGUUUGUGGAACUAUUGCUCAUCAUCAUCAUGACCGAGGCAAAAGACAAACCGGAUGCGUUAACCAAAGCCUUUGAGCGCGCAGCUGAGACGCCACAGAUCGUCAAGAGAUUGCAAUUCUUCAUCAAACAGAAUGUGCGGAAUUCGGAUUUGGUCGGCAAGAGGGAUAGGGACGCUGUCAAACGAGGAUGCCGAAUCGCGCUGGAGACGUUGAGGAUACUGGAGAUGGUGAACGAGGAGAUUGAUGUGUGA